AUGAAUAUCCCAGAUGAGAUUCUCGUGGCCAUCCUCGAUUUCGCCACGCUCAAUAAAAAUCGCCCCUGCCCGGACGCGUGCCACCAGAAACGCGACUAUGAAAGUGCUCGGACACUGACGCUGGUAUCUAAGCGCUUUCGCCGUAUUGCGACUCCUCUCAUGUUCGAGGAGAUCCGAUUUGAGAGCCAUCGUCCCUCUAUGCGAUUCAUGGUCCCCCCCUCGCGCGCAGUGCAAAAAUUGCACCAGUUGCUUCAAGCCAAUCCUUCCUUACGACCACUCUGCCAUACAUUGCGCGCUGAAAUUGACGACACUGCACAUGUAGUUGAAGAAGACUUUCAGAUCAUUAACGACUUCAUCUCGUGGUUUAGCAACCUCCGUGAUCUGACCCUUGUGGGUGGGUUUUACUCUUCUACUUCUGACGUAGUUCGAGAUAACGCGCUCGCCCUAGUGGGGCGCACGCGAGAGCUGACAAAAGUCAAAAAUCUCCAUGUUGAAGGUAGCAUGUGGUACUAUGAAACUGGAGGCAUCACGUUGGCAGAGGCUGCGAAUCACAUAAAUGUGUCUUCGUUGAAGGGUCUGGAGAUUACUGCCGCUGGAUUGUCAGACCCUUCCACCAUCUCCGACAUGCUUACUCCCGAUAAAAUUCGCUCCGCUCCAUUCACGAGUCUCAAGCUAAAAGGCUGCAAAGAUUACCCCGAGGCUAUUGCAGCAAUGAUUCACUGGCCUAGAGAGCUAGUACACUUCGCGAUCAACACCUCAGGCAGCUUCGUCUCCGACAUGAGCCUCGUGCAGAUCGGCCGAUGUCUUGCCGUCCAUAAGGAGACGCUGAAAAACAUCUACAUCGAUCUUCUCGGAUUUCCUCACGGCCUAUCCUUCCGAGCCUGCGACUUCCCGUACCUCGAAACUCUCCGGCUAUCUAGAACCCAGAUAUGCGAAGACCCUCGAAACCGCAACUUCGAGUGGAAACCAGAAUACGCCGAUCUCUUGCUUGGACCUCAACUCCACACCUUUGGGCUUGUCUUUGGCGUCAUGGGUCACAGCCUGAUCAACAACUGGGGCUCCAUGGAGGAGGAAUGGAUUCGACAGCUCGCGAAGGCAGCAUCGGAGCGGGGCUCAGCUCUACGAGCCAUUGAGAUCAAUUUCUCGCCCGUGAACCCCUAUCCUAACUUGAAGCAAGGUGUUUACUCCGAGUGGGAGUAUGUCUACCCAUGGGACCGCAUGGAUCAGUUGGGCGCGGAGAUCCUACAGUACGGGGUGACGCUGCGAUACACCCCUCCUCCGUGGACCAAAGAGGAAUGGCUCAACAAAACUCUGUGGCAUGGUUCCCUGUGUGCUUGCGAAGAUAUGUAA